AGUUCACAUGAGGGAACUGUUUAUUUCCUGAAGGUAGCUUACGUUUAGCCAGUUUUCUCGUGGAACUUAAUGCCUUGCACGGUGGCACACAAUAGGGGAAAACAGUUGACUUUUUAGGUGGAAAUCCCUUUAUCUAUAAAGGGUCAGUCAAGAUGACGAAUUUGGGCGUUAAAGCUCUUCUCAGCUGGGUUAACAGCGUCAAACUGUCUGACAGUGAGAUAAACAUAAAUGAUUUACAGGAUGCGGAGGUCCUCGUGAAACUGAUUUAUAUGUUGAGAAAGGAACAACUCCCCACUCUCAGUAAUUCCUUUGAUGAUCGAUUCAAACUCAUUGCAGACUUUCUAGAAAGGGACUGCAGAUUUAGUCCAACCAUAGGAACAGCUGUAUCUUGGGACAACAUCAGAGAUGGUAACAACCUCACUUUAGAAAUCGCAAAGGUGCUUUUGUUGCUGGUCUAUCAUGACAUGAUGAAUGAACGCUGCACUCUAAACAUGCUGGAAUGUGAAGUGGAGCGAGAGCUGGCCAACCUGACUUGUUCCUUUGUGAUGGAGAGCAAUGGCUGUGUUUAUCUGAGCAACAGACUUGAUGCGUAUUUAUCAAGGAGAUAUUUGCCUGUGUCCCGUGAAAUUUUUGAGCAAUCCGCAACCACGUCUACAUCUACAUCCAAUGUUUCUACUAUCUCCUCGCUCUCGGAUGAUGAGUCUCCUGUCUUUCGCCGCACGCAUAAAAUCACGUUUGUUGAUAUGGAAACUGUUGCAUCGUCAUCAGUGAGCAAGUCUCCUUUGGCAGAGAUCAUGAAUACACCUAAGUUUCAGAUGAGGAAGAUGCAAAGGCAGAUGAUUAAGGAAAGAGAAUACAGAGAUAAUUUGGAGAGGGAGUUGGCCAACACACUUGGACUGAUUACUCACAGAGAAUCCCACAUCAGCCAGCUGCAGUAUCGCCUGGAUAAGCUGAAGGAAGAGCAGGGUGAUCAGGAACAGGCCAUCAGAGAUCAAAUCAAUGAGCUUGAGAACAAGAAUAACAAGCUGCAAAUGCGUCUUAAUGAGAUGCUAAAGGAAAAUAAAGAGCUCAAGACUUCCUCCACAUAUAUGGAGCGUAAAGUAGAUGAACUUACAGAUGAAAACGGUGCACUAUCCUCUCAGGUAAGAGCAGUGUGCUCACAGUUGGCUGCAUUUGAGGCAGAAGUUGGGAGACUAACAGAAACACAAGUGUCUGCUGAAGAGGAGUGGAAAGGAAAAACAAGCCAUCUACAGUCAGAGCUCAACCAAGUCACUAACCAAAAGGAGCUCUUGACAGAGCAAAUUCAGAUCCUCCAAGGAAAGAUAUCCUGUUUAAAGGAUGAACUCAGCAGGGUCGCUGAAGAAGACGUGGGGGAAAACAUGGGGCCUGUAAUGGAGAGAGAAGAGUUGGAAACUGAAAUCAAUGGUUUGAAGCAAGAGCUUGAGAGCACAUUUUGUUCUCUGAAAAAGGCUGAAGAGGAGAUUGAGACCAAAAGUCAGAAGCUCACUGAGAGUCAGCGAGAACUAACCCAACAUAAAGAGCUCCUAAAGCAACAGAGAGCCCAAAGUGAAGAAAUGAUUCAAGCCAAGGAUGAAAUGUUAGACAAAUUGCAGAAAGAUGUAACUGAAGAGAAGGUGCUGCUGCAAACAGAGAUUCAGAAACUGGAGCUUGAACUUGAGCAUGUUCAGCAACAGAAAGCUGAGCAGGUGACCACAUUACAACAGCACAUCACUGCCUGUGCACAAGAAAUUCAAACACUAAAAGAAAAGAAGACAGAAACGGAGGGACUUCUAAAUCAUACACAGGAAAAGGUGAAGGAUCUUGAAACAAAGCUAUCUGCUGCUACUUCUCAGUUAGCUGACAGAGAGCAACAAGUUAAUGACUUCAGAGAGAAAGUCGACCUUCUCACUAAUGAAGCCAAAAUAGCAGCAGAUGAAAUUCAAGCCAAAGAAGAGGCACUUGGUAAAUUACUUCAAGAGAAGUCUAAUGAGCAAGCAAUUCUUCAUGAUAAAAUCCAGACCUUAACAGUCAACAUGGAAGACCUCACUUCAUCUCUGAAACAGGCUGAGCAGGAAAUUCAACUUAAGCAGGACUUAUUGGCUAAAAUCCAGCAGGAGAAUAUCCAACAAAGGGAUUUACUUCAAGAACAUAUUUUAUGCUCAGAAGCGGAGGCACAAAAGCUUAAAACAGAGAUACUGGACAAAAAUGAACAAUUGAUUACACUGAAAAAUGCCAGCAUUGAACAAAGUGAAGCGCUUCAGCAAGAGAUUAAUAGUUUAAAAGACCAGCUUUCGAGUCUCAAAGACUCUUUGAAAACAUCUGAACUCGAAGUUCUUACACAGCAGGCUAUGCUUACUAAGCAGGAACAGGAGAGUGCUCAGAAAAUGCAGCUUCUUCAACAACAACUGUCUGCCACUGAGGAGGAGGUGAAAGGCUUGAAAGAGGAGAUUGAGUCGAAGGAGGAUCAGAUGGCUUUGUUAAAAGAUCAAAGUUCUGAGCAUGCAGAAAUUCUACAGCAAGAGAUCCAAGAUUUAAAGAAACAAAUUCAGUGUCUCAGCUCCUCCUUGAGGGAAGCCGAAGAACAUCUGCAAACCAAAGAAAAUCUGUUAGUGGAGCACCAACAACAGAACACCCGUCAGGUGGAGGCCCUUCAGGUUCAGAUGGUAGCAUCACAGGAUGAGGUGAAGAGGUUAAAUGAGGAAAUUAACUUGAGGGAGGAGAGUUUUGUCCAGUUGAAAAUGGAAACCUCUGCUCACUCUGAAGUGCUGCAGGAGGAGAUUGAAAAUCUAAACCAACAAUUAAAAAGUAUGAGUGAUUCUCUUCAGGAAGCAAAGGACCUAGUUAAAGCCAAGGAGGAUCUGAUGGCCAGACAGCAGCAGGAAAGCUCUCAGCAGAUCGAGGGACUACAGAAGCACAAUUCUGUUCUUGAUGAUGAGGUGAAUUGUCUGAAGCAGGAAAUAAAAAACAAAGAAGACAAAUUAGAUAAGUUAAUGUCCGAAAGCUGCAAAGAGUCAGAAUUCCUACAGAAUGAAAUCCAAACUCUGAGGGAUCAAGUUCAGUUUGUAAAGGAAUCACUUCAGGCUGCAAAAGAGCAGGUUGAAGCUAAAGAAAACCUGCUCGCUCAGAAACAAAUGGAGAUUUCUCAGCAAAAGGAUACACUGCAAAACGUCAUGACAAAGUCUGAAGAGGAGAUAACAAAACUUACAGUAGAGAUCCAAAUCAAAGAGGAACAAUUGGUCCAUUUAAAAGAAGAGGGCUCAAAAUGUUCAGACACACUACAGCAGGAGAUCGGCACUCUAAAACUCCAGCUAAAUGAAAUGGGUGAUUCUCUGAAAAAGGCAGAGGAGAAAGUUCAGACCCAGGUUGUUAUGUUGAACCAGCAGGAACAGAACAGCACUCAUCAGAUGGAGCUGUUGCAAAAACAACUCUUUGCCUCAGAGGUGGAGGCAAAGCACUUAAAAGAAGAGAUCCAAGCUAAAGAGGAUCAGAUGGCUUUGUUGAAAAAUCAAAAUUCGGACCAAGCAGAACUUUUACACUGCGAGAUCCAAGAUUUAAAGAAACAAGUCGAGUGUCUCAAUUCCUCAUUAAGGGAAGCUGAACAGAAUCUGAAAAGUAAAGAAAAUCUGUUGGUGGAGCAGCAAAAACAGAGCGCCCAUCAGGUGGAGGCACUUCAAGUUCAGAUGGUCGAGUCACAGGAUGAAGUGAAGAGAUUAAAUGAGGAAAUCAAUGCAAAGGAGGAGAGGUUUGUUCAUCUGAAAACUGAGACAUCUGCCCACUCUGACGAGCUGCAGCAGGAGAUCGAAACUCUGAACAUGCAGAUAAAAAGCCUUACUGAUACUCUGGAAAUUACUAAGGAGCAAGUCAAAGCAAAAGAAGAUCUGAUGACAAAGCAGGCACAAGACAGCAAUUUUCAGAUUGAGGAACUGAGGAAGCAGCGUGCCUCUUUUGAGGAGGAGGUGUGCCAACUGAAGCAGGACAUUCAAUCAAAAGAGGCUGAAGUCGAUAUGAUAAAAACUGAGAGCUGUAAGGAGUCUGGUGGCCUACAGAAUGAGAUUCAAACUCUUAGGAACCAAGUAGAGCAUUUGAAUGAAUCACUUAAGACUGCAACAGAACAGGUGCAAGCUAAAGAAAACCUUUUGGCUCAGAAGGAAAUGGAGAUUUUUCAGGAAAAGGAUACAUUCAGAAACACAAUGAUGGUAUCUGACGAGGAAAUGAGAGAGUUAAAGAAAGAGCUUGAAAUCAAAGAGAAACAGCUUAACACCUUGAAAGAUGAGAGCUCAACACAUUCUGACACGCUACAGCAAGAGAUCAGCAGACUACAAACCCAGCUAAGUGAUGUAGGCAGCUCUCUCAAAGAGUCUGAGGAGAAAGCUCAGACUCAGAUAAUAAUCCUUCAAAAGCAGGAGCAGGACAGUGCUCAUCAGAGGGAGCUUCUGCAGCAACUGCUGUAUGCCUCUGAAGAAGAAAUGAAGCAGGCGAAGGGCGAGAUCAAAGCCAAAGAAGAAAAGAUUGUGUUGCUGAUGACUGAGAGCUCAAAAAAGGUGGAAUUAUUAAAUCAAGAUAUUCAAAGUUUGAAUAAACAGGUCGAGACUCUUGGCUCCUCGCUGAGUCGGGGUGAGGAAGAUCUAAAGUCAAAGGAAGAUCUGUUGUCUCAGCAACAGCUCGACAAUGCUCAACAAAGAUUGGUAAUCGAAAGCCUGCAAGAAAAAGUGCAACAAUUGGAAAAAUUGCAGGAACAGAUUUCCUCACGUGAAGAACAGAUUAGAAAUCUUAAAGAAUCUCAGACUGAGAAAGAAAAUCUCCUCAUUGAAACUGAAAAGAAGUUGCAGAGCCUUCAGACGCAGUUGUCUGAUGUCAAAAUGGUCAUUGCUGAUAAAGACCUACAUUUGAACAUGCUUCGAGAAGAGGUGGCUGCUCAAACCAACAUUGCACAAAAAGCCAAAGAGGAAGCUGAGGCAAGUGAGAAGGUUCUGUCUGAGAUGAAGGAUGAGAGUCUCAAACAGGCAGCUGUCCUUCAGUGUGAGAUCCAGAGUCUCAAAGAGGAGGUGGACACCAUUUCUCAAAGGCUUGUCGAAAAAGAGCAGUUGUUACUUGAAACUCAGCAGACGUCGACUCAGCAGGUGAACAUCCUCCAGCAGCAGCUCCUUUCAGUCAGAGCAGAGCUGAACCAAGAAAAAGAAACCCUGUCUGCUAACCUCAAGUUGAAGGAAACCGUGCUGGAGUUGCAGGUGAACACUCAAAAGGAGAAGGAAGUUCUCAUUCAGGAAAAAGAGGUACUUGUUGCCAGGAUACUCAAGUCGGAAAAGGACCACCAAGCUCUGGAAAAACAAGUUGAAACUUUAGUUCUUGAGAAGGAGAGACUGGCUCAAGCCAGUCAGGCCAUAGAGAGGGAGAACCUAGCAUCUCGUAAGCUUGAGUCUGUUCUGCAACAGGAGCUAGAAAUCCUGAAAAUGGAGAACGAGAGACUGUUGAAAGAGAGAGAAAAAGUAGAAGCAAUUGAGCGGACGAAGCAGGACUUGCAGGAACAGCUUGCGGCUAAAUCAGAGGCUGCAGAACACUAUAAGGCUCAGAUGGAGAAGGCUGCGAGUCAUUACAACAGCAAGAAACAGCUUCUCCUGGAAAGUCAAGAAGAGACAGCAGAGCUCAAGCAUUCCAUAGAGGUUAAAGACCAGGAGGUGAAGGCUAUUACCAUGGAGAAAAAGCUACUUCAACUUGAUUUGGAAAAGGCCCAAGCCAAUGAGAAGAAGCUCUUGAGCAGGGUGGCCAGUUUGGAAGCACAAUUGACCUAUGCAGACCAAACUCUGCGUGCACAGAAUAAGAUUCACAGUAAUGGAGGAAGCUCGGCAGAGUCCUUUUACCUGGAGGUUCCCAAAACACAAUUGAGUGUUUGCACAAGAACGCAAGUGAAGAAGUCCAUGAGCUGCGACAGCUUGGACCAGAGCUCUCUGGAAGAUUCUCUAAACGCUACAAGAAAGUGGUCAGCGCCUGAUGAAUCAAGCACCCCACUUGUCCGCAGUUCAGAACGUUUGGCUGCCAAACGCAGGGGAUUACCAGCCGAGUCCCUGGAAACCUUGUACUUUACGCCUAUAAAUACUAGACAGAUUAAAAGGUCCAGUACGGAGUUCGAUACGGAGCUGGAGUCAACCCGGAAAGAUCCAACCUCAUCCGUGAAGCGACGCAGAACUACACAGGUUAUAAACAUCACCAUGGCAAAGAAAACUCCAGGCUGCAAUGAAGGUGAUGAGACUUUCUACAGCCUGGUUUCAGCUCGCUCCCACCCGAACCUCUCCAGUGCCCAAUCUGCACGACCUGUGGCUAUGGAGCUAUUUGACACACCUGCCAGUAAGACCAAGGCUACCAGCGAACAGCUCAUUGGUCUUCCAGGCUUCAGAAGGAGCACAAUCCAUUCACAAGCCACAAGUACCUUCUGCGUGGGAGCAGAGAACGAACCAGACGGUGGACCUGACGACUGGCUGAGGAUUGCAGAGCUCCAAGCCAGGAACAAGGCCUGCCUUCCUCAUCUAAAGAGCAGCUACCCUGUGGAAUCUGAUAAUUGUCGUGGUGGGGCAUUCAUUUUCACUGACGAGGAGCUACGCAAUGGUGACCCAUCUGACACAAUCCAACGGGCAUCCAUGAUGCCAGGCCAGCUGCAAGACUCCCUCCUCUCACACCGACACUCUCUCAUGGCGGGUCAGGCGGGACCUGCAGCCGGCACUCGCUCUCACCGUCUGUCUUUGAUGCCAGACAUGCUUCCAUCGAGAACUGCCAUCUCCUCUCAGCUGAAAAGCCUCAAGGGCACACAGAAAUCUGCAUCAUCAUUGUCUUUACAUCAGACUUCUCCUGAGAAAAAGACUAGAGCUAGCUGCUUCCCUCGUCCACUCACUCCCAAAAACAAGAAUGUGACCUGUGGAUCCUCCAGUGCUCAUCUUAAGCCCAUCCUCAGCCCUGCUAACGGGAGGGAGUCGAUGAUGUUCACCAUCGAUAACACCCCGAAGAACAACAGCUACUUAAAGAAACGACUGAACAAACUGCGCAGUUCCACAAGGAAAUCCCCAGGCAGAAGUUCAAAGAAGUCACCCACUCAGACAAGUGUGCGCAAAGGCCAGGAGAACACGCCCUCACUGAAUUAUCAAGCCAAAGUGGGACGAGCAGGAAGAACUGGCAGCUUUAAGUCGCCCCAAGUGACAGUUAAAGGACAGAGGAAAUCUCCUCAGGCCUCCAGCAGGUCUGCAAAGUCUCCUGGACUGACGGCAAGCGCUCGCAAGAUGAUGAGGAAGAUGAAAGUUUGAGGACUGAGUCCCCGGUUUGGUGUUGUGAUAAUCCAAUUUCAUUUGGUGAAAUGGUUUCUUUUUGUCUUGUUCCUCCAAAGACAUUCUAAUCUUUUAUUGAUGUCCGUUUGGACUUUUUUUUGUCAUUUUUUAAAAUAUCUGAUUUUCCUUAAUUUCUUUUGUAUAAUAUUUACAUGUCUUUCCACAAUAAUAAAAAAAGAGAAAGCCUCUUAUUUUAUUGUAUGACGCUUCUUUAGGGUUCCAAAAAUAGAAACACAUGACACCAUAGUUCAAACUAUUGGAACUAUCCAUUUUUGGAACGAGGGUUAUCUCAAAGAUGCUAUUCUUUUCUUCUUUUUUUUUUUAAAGGUUUUACCAUUUUUCAAUCCUACUUCAUUAAUGGGAAACUUGAAUAAACUUAGGAUUUUUGCAGAUAAGGAGAGGUUCAGGAGACUUUAAAUGCAGGGCAGCAAUUUGAAGAAGUCCCUGACUUUUAAAAAUUAUGAUUAGUAUUUAUUUAUAUAGUUUUGGGGGAAUGUUUUAUUGGUUGCUAGAACAUGUAAUCUUGACAUAAAUCAGCUUUAUGAGCUCUGUACAUUGAUGUUUCUGGGACCCCAGCUGACUAAAUUCAACCGUUGCCUUUAUUCUUUCUUCUGGAGAGGAAGUCCCCAAAUCCUCUUUCUGUAUGAAGCUAGUUAAGAGCUAAUAUUCUUUUCUCAAGUUUGUAAAAAAAAAUUCUGAAAAGUUCCAAAAAUGCUAUCAUUAAAAAAAAAAAAUUAAAACAGAA